CGUCGAGUCAGUAUAUGUUUGUCAUGUCACGCCGGAAUGCCAAAUUCAUGUCAAAUUAAAUAUGACGUUAUUCUUUCUGUAAAGUGUCGAUAUCUAUUUCGUGUUUAUUUGCAUUGAAAUUUUUACAGAAUGGCCGCUGAAAUAAAGCCUGCACCUAGGACACCCAACGAUAGAUUUUCUACAACGAAAAAACCAGCACUCCUAAACAAAUUGGAGGGUUGCACUGACGAUGUAAAUGCGGCAGUGGUCAUACCUGGGGAGGAUGGUGUAAUUAGCGUUUGUGACGAUAAGACAGUAAGAGUAUGGUUAAAGCGUGACUCUGGGCAGUACUGGCCUAGCAUCUGCCAGUAUAUGCCGUCAGGGUGCACCUCCAUGUUCUAUACUCCUGAAACUCGGCAGCUGUUUAUUGGGCAGGAGAAUGGCACUAUUUCAGAGUUCACGCUUGCCCAAGAUUGCAAUAGGAUAAAUCCAACUAGGGAGUAUUUGGCUCACACAGCCAGAGUCACAUCAGUGGUGUUCUCUUUGAGUUGUGAGUGGGUGCUGUCCGUGAGUCGAGACAAGAUGUUUGCAUACCACUGCAGCGAGACAGGUCGUAGGAUCGGUGUCUACUCUUUUGAAGCUUGGUGCACAGCUUUGCAGUUCGACUCCCAAUCCAAAUACGCAUUUGUGGGAGAUUACAGUGGGCAGAUAACUAUGUUAAAGUUAGACAAUAAUGGCGCAACACUAGUCACAACUUUAAAAGGCCAUACUGGUUCCGUAAGAGUUUUAAACUGGGCGCCAAUACGCCAGUUACUGUUUAGCGGGUCUUUCGAUCAGGCCAUCAUAGUAUGGGAUAUUGGUGGGCAAAAGGGAACGGCGUAUGAAUUACAAGGACAUAGCAAUAAAGUGACGGGUCUAUGGUACGUGUCGAGCUGCGAACGUCUAGUUUCUGCCGGGGAGGACGGAGCCAUGGGCGUGUGGGAAAUGGGCGUGCGCCGCCGGGAGACGCCCACGUGGAAGGAGGCGGACUUGUGCCAGAUCUGCCGCGCGCCCUUUAUAUGGAACGUCAGGGCUAUGAUGGAGAAGAAACAGCUUGGCCUUCGCCAACACCACUGCCGCUGGUGCGGCGCGGCGGUGUGCGCCACGUGUUCCCCGCACCGCCUGCCGCUGCCGGUCAUGGGGUUCGAGUUCCCGCAGCGGGUCUGCACCGGCUGCUACGAGAUAUUGCGACACGAGCCUCGCGAAUCCCUAGCCUCGUUCCACGAUAUGAAGCACGCCGUAACAUCGGUGUACGUGGACGAGGCGACCGGUCGAAUGUGCACCGCUGGAAAGGAUAGAGUCAUCAAAGUAUGGGAUAUAGGAAUGUUACUCGCGCCGCCCUCGAACCCCACCACUAGCGACCAAUAGCAAGGAGUACGCGGCCUCAGUACGGAGAUGAGAAUGUGAGAACAAAAUGUUGCUGUAAGUCGCCUAUUAAAUUUUUUCGCUUAGUCGCAUUGAGACGUUCUGUGCUCUGUGUCCCACGGUUUCGCUGGCUAUAUCUGUACUAAUCGAGGUAAAGUUUAAAACUGAUUGUUGUAAGGGCUUAUCUUCGAAUAAAUACUGAACUGUUUAAUUAAAAUUCUUUAAUGGUUAAAAAUUUACAUUAUUUGCGGGUGUUCUUAGGCUGGUAGGUGGCAUACCGCAGUGUAUACUAAUGGCCGUUAGUGUACAUCAUCAAUAUUUUAUCUUAAUUAUAGCGCAGUGGUGUUAGUAAUUAGGUGAAACUAUGUACAUAGAAACUAGAUAGUCUAUGCCAUUAUUUAGUGAUAAAUUACUGAAAACGAAAAACAUUCAUAUUAAGAAAUAUGUAGUCAUUCAUAAUCGGGGUAGACAGAGCCUCAUGUUGUUUAAUAAUAUUGAUUCAUUUAUUUCCGAAAUAAUUUCGAAAUGUAACUUACAUAAAUUAAAAAAUAUAUUAUAUUUAUAUUAGACAUGAAUAAAACAAUUGAAAUUUUUUAUAGAGAUUAAUUUGACAGGCGACUUACAGAAAUGCUUCUGCUAAAUAAGAGUCAGCAUAGAAUCUAAAAACAAUUGUGUUUAUCUAAAAUAUUUUAUUUUAUGUUAAUUUACUUCUUAAUCUGUUAAUGUUUCUUCAACGAAUAUUUCGUUUGUCGGCGGUAAACUAAGACUGAGCCUAUCCCUUCAUAUAACUGUAGUUUCAGUAAGAUUUUCGGAUCAUGAAUAAUGUAGUAUAUCCUAAUAUAUUAUUAUCUUAAAAUAAUAUUAAUUGUUAACGCAGGAUCUCCGAUUAAAAUUUAGUUAUUAUAUCUACUCAAUGCUUGACAUGACUGAUGAAAGUAGUAAAAUCCUUAGAAGAAAGUUUUUGUACACUAAACUUAUUAAAUACAAACGCUUUUGUCUUGAUGAUACAGAUGGAAUUCACGAAACGUCAAAACAUCAUAACAAUGGAUUACUUCAGAUGAGCGAAUGAAACGUUUUUCUAAAUAUCUCGGUUGAAACAUUUAUUGUAUACAAGAGGCCGCCCGCGACUUCGUCCGCAUGGAAACCCUAUCAAUCCCGCGGGAACUCUGGGAUAAAAAGUAGCCUAUGUGUUAUUCUGGGUCUUCAGCUACCUACAUACCAAAUUUCAUGGUAAUCGGUUCAGUAGUUUUUGCGUGAAAGAGUAACAAACAUCCAUACAAACUUUCGCCUUUAUAAUAGUAGUAGGAUAGGAUAAAUGUUAUAACCUAAAUGCGUAUCUGUCCUUGAAUUUUUUUUUCCUUUGCAGUCUGUGGCACUGGCACCACACCUUUGGCAGUCAUUAUAAAUGUAUGUCGUCUGUAUGUCAGUGACAUUUUGCAAGAAUUUGGUGUGUGUGACUAAGUGUUGCACUAAACUUGGCAUAGAUUGCGCAUGCGCAUCUUUAAUCAAUAUCUAUAUAUUUAACAGCUCUUGCAUUACUUAUUUAUUAGAGAAAGGGAGUUAACGGGAUUUUUUAUUUUAUCCGGGAGCAGGGAGCGUAUUCGGAUAUCUUUAAUUUAUGGAAAAAAAAAAUUGGUAAUUCAAAUUUUUGAGAUAAUCUUUAAUUUCUUAUUUACAUCAGUUACUUCAACGCAUUGAGUUUCCAUUACGAUUAAUGUUCGUGGGAAAUAGUGCUAAUUCGAUGAAUGAGGGAUUGUGUAAAACCUAUAUUUUUGUUUAAUAUCGGUAUUAAUUUUAUUUAUCUAUAAAUAUUAAGAUUGUAGAUGCAAUUCUAUGUAAUUAAAAUAAAAAUUGUAUUUUCGCGUUACUUUGAAUAGGAGAUAUGGAGAAGUGAUUUUUUUGAAUAUUUUUUCCCGUUUCGGUGAUAAGACAUGUCAUAAUUAUUAUUUUUUUUACUUUUAUGAAAGAAAAUAUUUGGCACAAUACUAUUUGUUUAUUCAAAAUAUAUAAUAUUGUUAAUAAAUUGUUAUUGGUCUCGAUUAACACACAAUUAUUAUUGUUGAUGCACUUUUAACAAGUCAGGUAUUCCAUCGGUUUGUUAUAAAUUCAUUUAAUAUAUUAAAAGAUUUAAUAAUAUUUUCAGUUAUUAUUGUCAAUUUUAGUGUAUUCUUGAUUUCUAUGUCGUCAAAAAAAAGAUAGUUUUAUAGGAUAAUAGAUGAUUUACUAAGCAACUUUAUAAAAAAUAUUCCACACGGUCAAAAGGUUUAUGCCAAAUUCGUUUAAAGAAAGGAUAAAAAUCUCUUUUAUUUGAUCGGAGCUCUUAAGUUAAAAAUAUGUGAUUGCAUAUUCGGAGCGUCAGUGGUCGGGUGGUUGGAGGUAACCGAAUAAAAGCGUGUUGCACACAUUCAAUUCCAAUUCUAUGGCUAUAAAAUGUACAUACCAAUGACUCUUGAGUUAUGUACAUUAGUUUGAGUUCUUACGGUGAGUGAAGACAUCGUGAAGUAGCCUGCACAUUCAGGCAAUUGAAUGUGUAAACAUGAUCCAAUAAUGAGUGAGGUGCCCUUGCAAGGGUUGCCAAGGUCAAACUAGUCCUAAAGUCCUUUUGUGUCAAAGUCUGACUUACACAGUACAAGGAUCGUGGUAAUAAGCCGACCCCGGCCUCCAGUGAGGUAAUGACGCUACCGGGAGUAACGCCAAGUGGAUGAUGAUAUAAUUAAAUAUUAAAAAAAUCCAAGUUUUUGGCGUGGACCAAUCAAAACAAUGUGUAUAAAAUUAUAAAUAUCUUUAUAUAUAGUGUUGUAUAAAUACAACGAUUAUGAUACAUACAGUACUCGGCGGGAAAGAUACUAUUAUCGAACCUUUGGAAAAGGAAAAUAAGCUUAAAUUGCCUACAUAGAGUAAGGGACUGCCACUACUCCCAAUUCCUACAAAAAUUACGUUUAAUUUAAUAAGAACUUUGAGAAAUUACAGUUAUACGCGACAUAUGACUGAAUCUUGUUUAGAAAUAGGAACAUCGAACGCAUUUAAUUUAAACAAAUCCAUAGAUAUAACCACAGAAUACAAGAGAUCUGCCACAUCUAUACAGUACGUUUCUUUCUCAUACGGUUUUCUAUUUGUGGCUGGUAUAAGUAACACUAGUUGGUAAAGAACUUCGCCAACCGACCGUCUUUUUGAAUUAGUGUGCGAUGUGUGAUCUUUUCUACCGGGUACUGAACCUUAUAUAAAACUAUAGUUGUUGUGUAAAAAUGUAUAAAUCUAUUAUAUUACAUUAAAGUUAUUAAUUAGAAACAUUUUUAGUGAACGAUGUAAAGACGCCAUAAAUGUUUUGUUUUAAAUAAGCGAUGAGUAUUUUUUAUUAAAAUUCAAAAUUCCAAAGUAUUAUUUAAGAUUUAUCCUGAAAUUAAAUAAGUUUUGAAUAAGUGCUUAUUUUUAUCAAUAUAUCAUAUGUCCUUAACAAUCAGU